AUGACGUGUGCUUUUCUAACUCACGUGGGAAAUCAUUAUUCCCAACCAUCUGUUGCUGUAAAAUCAUGUGAGGAUUUAAUGACUCAAUCUCGACAUAUUGACAAUGUUAUGAUGAACCAAAGUGCUGAACAAAUACUUAAAAAUCGCUUGAGGGUGAAGACAUCGAUUGAUUGUGUCCGGUGGCUUGCAUAUCAAUCAUGCCCUUUCGGAGGACAUGAGGAAGGCCCAAAAUCAACCAAUCCGGGCAAUUUUAUAGAAAUGGUGAAACUUUUGGCAAGUUAUAAUAAAAAAGUAUCUGAAACAGUUUUGGAGAAAGCUCAUCAUAAUGAAAUACACGUCUGGAAUGAUUCAAAAGGAGAUAUUGCAUAUCAUUGCUACAAAAUUGACAAAGCACGGGAUGAAUCAAAGAAAGAGAAAAUGGCUCUUGUUUUGAGGUUUGUCGACAAAGGUGGUGUUCUUCAAGAACGUUUUUUUGAUAUUGUAAGUGUGAAAGACACUGCUGCAUUGACUCUUAAGUGUGACUUAUCCACUAUUCUUUCUCAUCAUGCACUUAGUGUUGACAAUCUUCGAGGCCAAGGUUAUGAUGGGGCAAGCAACAUGCGUGGUAAAUGGAAUGGAUUGCAAGCAUUAUUUUUGAAGGAUUGUCCAUAUGCAUAUUAUGUGCAUUGUUUCGCUCAUCGACUUCAAUUGGCUCUAGUUACAGCAUCUAGGGAAGUGAUUCUUGUGCAUCAAUUUUUCACGAAGUUGGAUUCUAUUGUCAAUAUUGUCGGUGCUUCUACUGAGCGAAAUGGUGAGUUAAAUAAUGCACAACAGGCUGAAAUUUCUCGUUUGAUAUCGAUUAGUGAGCUUGAGACAGUUGAUGGCGCCAAUUUUUCUCAACGUGAUGAUGCCGAUUCUGCUUAUACUACCAUGACAUCUUUUCAGUUUGUCUUUAUUCUUAUUUUGAUGAAAGAAGUGAUGAGAAUUACUGAUGUUCUUUGCCAAGCUUUGCAGCAAAUGGAACUCUUGACUCUUAGUCUCGCUUUAGAUCCUAGUAAUUCAUAUAAGUCGUUUAAUGAAGAUGAUAUUUGCACUCUCGUUGAAAAAUAUUAUCCUCAGGAUUUCACUGAACGAGAAAGACUCCUUUUGAAGUUUCAGUUGCAGCAUUAUUAUCUAGACGUGAUCAAGCAUCCAAAUUUAUGUCAGAUAUCAACUUUAGCAGCAUUGUGUGAAGGGUUAGCGGAGAGGAAAAAGUUUGAAAUAUAUUACUUGGUUGACAGAUUGAUUCGUCUGAUCUUACUUCUUCCUGUUUCUACCGCUACUACAGAGCGAGUAUUUUCUGUUAUGAAACUUACGAAAACUAAACUUCGAAACAAAAUGGAAGAUGAGUUUCUUGGAGAUUGCAUACUCCUACAUAUAGAGAGGGAUAUUGCUGAUACUUUUAGCACAGAUUCGAUCAUAGAAGAUUUAUAUACAAUGAAAGAUCGUCGAGUUCAUUUUAAUUAA